AUUCAAGCGUGGCGGGAAUAGUAAUGUCUUUGUACGUCAGGUUUCAGCGCGGUGCGUUUAGCUGAGGGAGUUGGAAGGAUUGGAGCAGAAAAGGUCGCUUUGUGGGUAGUCCUAAAUUAUGUCUGACGAGUGGGAUGAUGGUCCAAGUUCAACAAGUGUUGAGACACCUUUUGACAGGGGGACUGACUUCGGCCGUGGAAGAGGCUUUGUAGCAUAUGAAGAAAAUGAUUUUGACAGUCCAGGAUUAGAUGAAAAUGGUGAUUCAGGUUUUGGAGGUCGAGGUCAUGGUAAUGGAAGAGGAAGAGGACGAGGGAGAGGCAGAGGUUCUGGAAGAGGUGGUAGGGGAGGUGGUGGUAGAAGAUUUGAUAAUGAUGAUAAUGAGGAUAGGGACUCAGAUUCUUAUUCCAGCAGAGGUGGUGGAAGAUCAAGAGGUAGAGGUGGAAGGGAAGACAACAGAGGGAGAGAAGAUAAUAAGACUGAACCUGAACGACCAAGAGAAAAUUAUAUACCUCCUCCACCUACUGAAGACGAGGACGAAAUUUUUGGACAGGGCAUCAGUUCUGGAAUAAAUUUUGAUAAAUACGACAAUAUUAAAGUGGAGGUGACAGGAGAGAAUAAACCAGGGCCUAUUGUGGAUUUUGCGAGGUGUGGCUUGAGAGAGUUUGUCUUACAAAAUGUAAAAAAAUGUGGUUAUACAAAACCAACACCGGUGCAGAAAUAUGCUAUACCCAUAAUAGCUGGCGGAAGAGAUCUCAUGGCAUGUGCACAAACUGGUUCUGGAAAAACGGCUGCCUUCCUUGUGCCUAUUAUUAAUACCAUCCUAAAUGAUCCAAGAGAGCUAGUCAUGACAGGGCAGGGUUGUGAGCCCCAUGCUGUUAUACUAUCACCAACAAGGGAACUUGCAUUACAAAUUUUUAAUGAAGCACGGAAGUUUGCUCUCGGUUCUAUUGUAAAGUCUGUUGUUGUGUAUGGAGGUACUUCAACUAUGCAUCAAGCCCAACAAGUAGCGAGGGGCUGCCAUAUUCUUGUAGCAACCCCAGGUAGGCUUAUGGAUUUUUUGAACAGAGGUCGUGUGAGCUUCCAGUCUGUCCGCUUUGUUGUACUCGAUGAAGCAGAUCGUAUGCUAGAUAUGGGUUUCCUACCAGAUGUUGAGAAGAUGCUGGAACACCCUACAAUGGUUCCUACGGGAGAACGUCAAACAGUUAUGGUGUCCGCUACAUUCCCUGAAGAAAUUCAGAGACUAGCAACAAAAUUCCUGUCCGAUUACUUAUUUCUGGCUGUUGGGAUUGUUGGUGGUGCUUGUAGUGAUGUGGAACAGAUUUUUUACAAAGUAUCUAAAUUUGACAAGAGAGCAAAACUUACAGAAAUACUGAAGGAAGAAGGUGGCAAGAAGGUACUUGUUUUUGUGGAAACAAAAAGGAUUGCAGAUUUUUUGGCAGCAUUUUUAUGUGAGGCAGGAUUUCCAACAACAAGUAUUCAUGGUGAUCGCCUUCAAAGUCAAAGAGAAGAAGCGCUUUAUGAUUUUAAGAGUGGACGAAUGGGAAUUCUUGUGGCCACUGCUGUUGCAGCCAGAGGUCUAGAUAUAAAGAAUGUGGCUCAUGUUAUAAACUAUGAUCUACCCAAAAGCAUUGACGAAUAUGUUCAUCGUAUUGGCCGAACAGGAAGAGUAGGAAAUAGAGGAAGGGCGACAAGUUUCUAUGAUCCAGAUGUGGAUGCACCAUUAGCUAGGGACUUAGUGAAAAUACUGCAACAGGCGAACCAGAACGUUCCAUCUUUCCUGGAAAGUGAUGCCAAAGGUGGUGUAUCAGCAUAUAGAGGUGGACAGUUCGGUGGCUCUGACAUCAGAAAUUUUGAGCCAGAAAACCUUGCAGGGCCUCCUGAGCCAGAAGAAGCCUGGUGAAAUAGACUUUUGUUGGAAAAUGAAACAUUCCAGUGUCUUUGACCCUAAUGAGAGAGCAAGAACUGUGGUGUGUAAGCUGUGACUCGAGUGUUAGAUGUUAUGGACUGCUAGAAUGCACCUCACAGUACUUAUUAUUUUGUAUCAGUUUAUUCCUAUGAUUGUUGAAUGUUGUGAUCAUUUAAAUGUGAUUGUGUUGUUGCUGUUCUAGUACAAAACUUUUACUGUUAAAGACUUAAUUUGCAGCUGUGAUUCAUUACCUUUAAUUUUCUACAGUAUUGUGCUCAGACUGUUAAUUCGUAUCUUUUUAGUAGUCAGUUAACAGUAACACUGUUUGUGAGGAUAACAUUUGUUUGAUUCAAGAAUUUUGUGAAUCCUGUUCAAUAUUUUUGCAGUAUUGUUUAUUGCUAACAAAAGGGAUGCUUAUUGAAAACCGUAUUACCACGGUUAUUUAAAUGUUCAGGAUUUCAGUGUUAGCCAUUCUGUUACAGCCUCCUGCUUAUCUGUUUGAUGCGCCCUUUCUAAAGCAAUAAACGUUUUGUUUGAAAUGGU